CAUCAACACCAGAUCAGACAGGCAAGCUUCUAAAAUCUCAACUCCCUGUGGUACCCCGAAUAGUUUCAUUCAAUAAAACCAUGUCAAAACUAGGUGAUGAUGAGUUAGCCUUAAUUAUCAGCUGGGUUAUUGAUCAGAAUGACAGACUAUCAUUCUCUCUAGUAUGCAAGCAAUGGCUUAAUGUAGAAGGCCAAACCCGUUUAUCAAUUCGCGUUUUUGAACCCGAACUACUCCAAAAAUUCUUGCCCAGAUUCUCAAAUUUGUUAACUUUUGAGUCUUCAAAACGAAUCACCAACAACCACCUUGAAUUCAUAGCCAAUACAUGUCCUAAACUUGAGUUUCUCAAUCUCAAGCAACAAUCAGUUGAAAGCCAAAAACUUGAUGGGUUUGAUGACUUAUUAGAUUUUGAUGAUGUUGGUGUUUUAGCUAUUGCGAAUGGCUGUUGCAGAUUGUGUAAAGUGUUGUUUAGAAGGAGAAGGAGGGUUGGGAAUGUUGGGGUUAUUAGUCUUGUCAAGAGUGCACAAAGUUUGAGUGUUUUAGAUUCGAUAAACGAUUCAUCACUUGAAGCAAUUGGGUGUAUGAAUUCGAUUCGGGCUUUGAAUUUAGAAGGUUGUUCUUUAGUUACUGAUAAAGGUUUGACCUUUUUGGCAACCGGGUCUUCUUCAAGGACAUUAAAGAGGUUGGUUCUUGCAGAAUGUGAUAGACUUACUGAUUUCGGGGUGUCAUUGUUGCAGGGAAUGUGUUGUUUGGAGGAGUUGAAUUUGGCUGAAUGUGGGCCAAAAGUGACAGAUAAUGGAGGUAUGGCAGUUGCCUCGAUUGCUAGUCUUAAAAGAAUGAAUCUUUCAUGGUUGAUCAAUGUGUCAGAUAUUACGCUUGUUGCAAUAGCUGGGAAUUGUAGUAAUUUGGUAGCUCUUGAUUUAACUGGGUGUGAGAUGAUUACUGGAGCUGGCAUUCGUGCCCUUGGUUAUCAUGAGUGUUUGGAAUCAUUAGUGUUGGCUUCCUGUUACAACAUUUGUGGGGAUGAUGUGGAUAUGGUGUUGAAAUGCAAGUCAUUGAGGUCUAUAGUGCUUGAUAAAGGACUGAAGAUGUGGAUACCAAUGAGGAUGCAGGAAAACAUUAGCAGGUUUUGUCAGCUGCAUUGGAGAUAACGAUGAUGGAUAAAAAGAGGGCAAAAAAUGUUUAUGCUGGAUACCUGGGAUUAUACAGUCAAAUUUGACGGGCGAAAUCAAGGUUGAGCUAGAAAGUUGUUCAGGGCAUGCAAAUAGUAGUACUAAGAUGUUGAUGAUCAUCAUUACUCUAUCUGGGAAGAUAAGAAUUAAUGUCGGUGUGUCAAGUUUUUAUCCCAUAAGUUUAAGGACCUCUUUAUCCUUUAUCAUCAGAGGCAGAAGAUCUCUUGUUUUACAUUCCGCAUAAAAACUGGUGUCCUUCCCAAUGCUGCCUUGUUCUAACUGAACAAAUGGCUGCUUAUAUUCUUUUCAAACUACCAAAUGGGUACAUUGAUAUGGAUUUUGGCUCACCACGCUGCCUAAGGAAGACAAUGCAUCAGCCCUCUACGAGGUCAUUUUCUAUGAAACUGGAACUGUUCUAGAUGAGACGGAAAAGAAUCUCAAGGUAGUUCCUGCUGCUCGUGAUUCACUUUAUUUGCUGUGUGACUUGUAGGGAUUCCUGCAAAGUGAUUCUCUUACAAUCAUCAUUAAUUUUUAAGGCUUCGGAUGACUCCAUUCAACUAUACAAAGACAAGAAGAAUUAGUUGAUCUCUAUUUACUAUGUGAAGCUCAUCAACAGAGUAAUAGAGCUUCAUACAUAUGUAUUGUGAAGUUUGUUUGUUGAAUGCGUGGAGGAUUGUCGAAAUUAUGGAUAGAAGGGUUGUGAACUUUGUGAUUGAUCUAGAUAAUGGAAAAAUGUACACCAGAGACUUCUUGGCUGUCAAAUUUGCAUUCUGAUCACUAUCUGGGUAUUCUUUUCUUUCAAGUAAACCAUGAGCAGGUUUACUUGUACAUAACAUCCACUUCUUUCAUGUGCAGAGCAAUACGCGAAGGAGAAGCUAAGCAACAGUUGAACUGAAGCUCCAAGGGCAAUGAAUACGUGGUUUCUGCACUGAGUUUACAAACUUCUUUGCUAGAUAGUUUCAGACAGUAAAUAUGGUCACUACAUAUCUGUGUUUGUUAAUCGCUCUUUUAAAUUGCUCUAGUGUCGGCUUUUUUGUUCCAUAGGAGCAAUCCGAGGGUAGUCAAGUGUCUCGGAUUGAGAGUCAAUGAUUCUGAAAACCAUUCGAUUUGGCCUAUGAUGCAAGUGCAGGAAUCAAAUCCUGCAAUAAAAAGUAACAUUUGAAAGCUCUUGUUCAAACA